UGUUACGUGUCCCAUUGAAACGGAUUUUCAGUUGCCUUAACAUUGCUGUAGCGUGCGACAGAGAGCGUUGUGCAAAGACACAGGCGGGGCGCGAGCGGGGCGCGGUGGGGCUGGUCGGGGCGCGGGCGGGGGCCGGCGGGGUGGUGGCCCGGGCGACACGGGAUUCGGGAUCCAAGGGAUGAGCUUCUCGCUUCCUCCCGUUACUCUAGCCCGGCGCGUCGCGGCCGACGCACACAGCUCGCACUGCGGAACUACCCACGUAAAGUGUAGUGUUAGUGAUAAACUAUAGUGAUCUCUUUAGUGUAUAUCGAUAUUUGUGUAUUGGACUAUGAUAAUUUCGAAUGCUGAACUUUGAUAUGAAAAUGAAGAUGUCUGCAGCAGACAGCCAGGAGUCUGGCAGUCCGCCGCCGAGCCCGACUGACUCUGCCACAUCCGAAUCAGCGCCCACCCUAGUCCACAUUAAACAGGAAAACAUGGCACCAGGAACCGAUAUAAAGGAAUAUUACGGGUCCUUAGACUUUGGACUCUCUGACACUUACCUAUCAAACUUCCCUGAAUAUGGAAGAGGAUAUCUCCCCAGACCUCUAGAGCUACCUAACCACGACUUCUUGGGUUCAAGAAGUCCGAGAGAUAAAGAUCAUUCUAAAGAUGAGGAUCCGCCUGAAGCAGAGUUUAAUCUGCCGAAUGAGUUAAUGUUUAAGAGUAGUGGGAUAUUCGCUAGAGGGAAUAUUGCUGUUGGAACGAAGUACGGACCGUUUUUGGGAAAAUGGGAAACGCAGCCUUUGGACCGACGGUUUGCUUGGGAGGUGCUUGGGAAGAAUGGGAUCCGAGGCUGGCUGGACGGCACUACUGAGAAGUCAAAUUGGCUUAAAUUGGUUCGAUCGACGAACUAUCCCCACGAUGUCAAUUUACAACAUCUAUUACUGGCUGGUCAAGUGUGGUACAAAGUGAUCCGAGAGAUUCCAUCUGGACAAGAACUUCUGUUGGGACCGAGGACGCCUCUACCGCUCCAGGAUGUCAUGUCAGCUGCUGCUGAACGUCAAAGCUCGAGCGAGAAGUUUGCUCAGCCGCUGAUCGAAGACGAAGAACGCGAGGACACAGAACCGCGUUGCUCCUACUGCGACGCUCCCUUCCCGAAUAUUGACGUGCUCGACCAGCAUUUGAUCCAGCGUCACGCUCAGCCCGCCGCAGCGCACCCUUGUGAGCACUGUAACCGUUCCUACAGCUUGCGGGCAUUGUUACUGCGUCAUCGGGCACUAACACAUACUGACAUCAGAAAAUAUCCCUGCGAAAACUGCCCUAAGGUAUUUACCGAUCCUUCCAACCUGCAGCGCCACAUUCGCGCGGCGCACGUCGGCGCACGCUCCCACGCCUGUCCUGAAUGCGGCAAGACCUUCGCCACCUCCUCCGGGCUCAAGCAGCACACGCACAUCCACUCCAGCGUCAAGCCGUUCCAGUGCAAAGUCUGCUUUAAGGCCUACACGCAAUUUUCGAACCUGUGCCGUCACAAGCGCAUGCACGUCGCCUGCCGAGCGCUUGUGGAGUGCGGGAAAUGUGGACAAUCGUUCACCUCCUACGCUUCACUCACUAAGCACAAGAGGUUCUGCGACACCGCUUCUGCUGCUUCAGCCAACCUCAGAGGCCAGCUUCCUCAGGGUUUACCACAAAUCCCACCACUACCAAACGUCGGUAUGAAUAACCCAAACAACGCAAACCCGUUCCCGAUGUACCGAGGACCGGCACUUCCGUUGCCGUAUAAUGCGUUUGCGCAUUACCCGGCUUUGUUCUCUGCAGCUGCUGCCACCUGCCCACCGGAAUUCCUCAAUCCCUUGCUGUUUAAUGUCCAAGGAGCCAGGCUAGCAAUGGAACAUGAUAUUGCUAUGUCUAACGCCAAUUUAGCAAUGAAACAAGAAGGACGCUUGUCCGUCAAGAGCAUGGACAGUUCAACCUCCGUAGACGAAGUGAAAAAACCAAUGGAUAUAAAAUUCGAAAUGAGUAAGAAAGAUAGCGAUAAUGGAGAUAGAGUUUCGCCGAGUAAGUCUCAGAGUUUGUACAUGAAGCAGUCACCGACGUCUGCUGAUGAGAAUUCCUCCCAUCACCAAUCACCAGUCUUGCCCUUACAGACGCCUCCAGCAACUUUCAACUUCGUGAAAGAUGAAUUUAAGCGAAAAUCACCAUUCAACCUCUCGUUAAAACACAACAACAAUGACGUUCAAAUGGAUAAAACAUCAUUUUCUUCAUUACCUAAAGACUUGUCCAAGAAUAUAAAUGACGAUGAAAAGCAUUCUGAAUAUUCCGAAAACGAAGAAGACAUUAAGAAAGAUGAAGUUGAUCAACCCCUCGACUUGUCGGUGUCAAGAAAACCACAAGAUAAAGAUUCUGAGGCAGAAAACGACGAUCGUUCCUUUCGCAACUCCAUUAAAUCUUAUUCACCCCCUGAGAGUCCAACAGAGCGAAGCAAGACUCCUGAGAAUGAUACCACGGAUGUAGACGUGGAAGGUGUAGAGCCUAAGAGGGAAGAUUCGCCACCCCAGAUGGUAUCUCCGCCACUAGCGUUCCCAAUGCCCGUCCAUCCGCAACACAACAAUAUCAUCGAAGCCAUGUAUCGGCCAAGAUUUCCGUCGUUCCAUUCUUCGGAGGCAAUUUUGAAUUCUACGCACUCGCCCUACGUUCCGAGUCCGUUUAAUUUUUUAUCCCCACUUCUCGGCACUGACGGUCCCGAAAGGCAACCAAGCGCAUACGCCAAGUUUCGGGAGCUGAGUGCCGCAUCUGGCAAGCUGCGGGAUCGUUAUGCAUGCAAGUUCUGCGGGAAGGUGUUCCCGCGAAGCGCCAACCUGACGCGCCACCUGCGCACGCACACGGGCGAGCAGCCCUACAAGUGUAAAUACUGCGAGCGUUCAUUUUCAAUAUCUUCUAACCUGCAGCGCCAUGUACGGAAUAUUCACAAUAAGGAACGACCCUUCCGAUGUCCGUUGUGUGACAGGUGCUUCGGGCAGCAGACUAACUUGGAUCGUCAUCUGAAGAAGCACGAGGCCGAAGGUGGCGACUCCCCGAGCUCAGCGGAUACAGAGCGCGAGGAUGCGUAUUUUGACGACAUCCGCUCGUUCAUGGGCAAGGUGACGUGUUCGCCGGGUGCGCGCUCUCCGCCCGCUGCGUCUCCGCACGGCGCGCACCCGCCGCACCCGUCGCACGCGCCGCACGCCCCGCACCCGCCUCACCCGCGCCCUUCACUUGCCAUUAGCACAUAGCCGCCGCUGUACCCGCCGGCACCGCCGCUCUGGCCGCAAGCGUUCGAAUAGCGUUUCUGUUCUGCAGCUAUUGCAAACUGAUGAAGUUACAGCUGGGAUCUGAGUGAUGCUAAGCGAUACCAGUGAACAUUAAGUGUGACAUGCGGGUCAUGAAUGAGUACGUACGGAAACGUCUCUCUACUUAUAGCACUGAGAGCAAUAUUGAAGUGGAUUACAAAUGUUUGUAUGGGUAGAUUUUGAAAACAGUUUGACAUAUGCAGUUUAGUAAGAAUUAAUAUGAGUUCAAUAAAAAAAUUCUUUUAAUCAUACCGAAAACAUAAAAUUAGCUAACAUAUCAAUUGGACAAUUCAAAAUGUUCUUAUUGUAAUUGAAAAGUACCCAUGUGAAUAUUUUUAAAGUUCGUUAAUUUAAUUUUAAAUUACAGACGAAAAUGUUGCUACUAAAAUAUUCGCUUUUAGCCACAUGACAACACAUUAGUCUAAGUAAUUAAGUGAGGUUAAUUAUUAUAGUAGAUUUGUUAAAAUCGUUUCGACGGUGACUUAAAUAGUUGUUCCUAGUUCACAUUAAGUAUGUGACAUAAGUUUUCCUUUUGUAAUUGUAUAUACGAAUAAAUAUAUAUCAAUUGUAAAUGAAAUAACAAAUUAUUGUCGAUUAAAGUUUGUCGCAUGGUUUUUGAAAUGCAGAUCAUAUCAUGGGAUGAUAUAAAAACUACAAAGCAAAGAUGUUAUUUAUUUAAGUCCGCAAAAUUAGUAGUGAUUGUUUAGUCGAAAAUCUACCAAAGUUUUUUUAUUGUAUUGAAUAUUAUUUUGGCAAGAAAUUUAUAAGCAAAAAUUGUUACUAUUAUUGGAAGGACGUCGCUAAAGUUGGCUAUAGGUUGUUGUACAUAGGAUUGCAAAAUUCGCGAGGGGCAUAUCAUGUGUUUUAUAUUAAAGGCUCAAUGUUUAGCUAUUUUACGGAAAAUCAAAUAAAAAUGUAGAUGUAUUAGAAAUGUAAUAUAAAUAUAGGUGUAAACAAAUAAAUUGAUUGUAAAACUUUUUCUGCAAUUUCAAUAUCGAAGUUUGUCACAUUAACGUUAAAGAAUGUUUAUAAAGCUUGUUGCGUCUUAUUUGUAAUUUAUACAAGAUGCAAUGCAAUAUACAUUUUUCUAUCAUAUCACUUGGUGGCACUAGAAGUAUUGUUAUUAGCGUCACACGAAACAAUCAAAUUGCCUACAUUUAAGGACACUUAUAUCUAUUUAAUUUUAUUUCAAUUUCAACAUUGUAACGCAUUGAGAAAUAAAACAGUACAACCUUAA